AUGCCCACUCAAAGCCAUCUGGAGCAGCUCUCACAGCUGCGGUUGCGAUCUACCAGGCCAGCACGCGCCCAUCGAGCCAUCAUGGAUGAGGCGUCCAGCAUUCUACGGUCAGUGCCAACAAUUAUGCGCUCCUAUGCAGACAGCCACCACCCCGCUUCGAUUGGCAUUUUGCUGAGUCUGGAACGACUUAUGAUGGUGCUACGUGGUAAGUUACAGUGCCUCUGGGCAGAGGAGCACCUUCAUCGGUGCGCGGAGGGAAGAAUCUGGCGCGAGAUUUGUUAA